GUCCACGUCACACACAUACAACAAGACAUUCGACUGGAACAUAACCAAGCGUAAAUACCGUGCACUGGCGGACGAUUUUGACUCCUUCAAUUGUGAUUAAUUCGAGGGAUUCACACGUAUGAUAGAUAUCCCGAGGAUUUCGUGACUGUUAAUUGGAAAGCCACAAGAUGAUUUGGAUCUUCUGGCUGUUUGUCGCUGGACCUUUUGGCUGGGAUUCUGUCAGUGGACAGGGGCAGAGGGUCGCACCGGGUGUUCCACCUCAGCAUUAUCAACAGCCACCACCACCACAGCAACAAGUUCAUCAUCAGCAAGUACCCCAGCAGCAUCAUCAGCCUCCCCAGCAGUACCAACAGCCCCCAGUUCAGCACCAACAGGUACCCCAUCAGCAGCAGGUACCUCAUCAACAGCAAGUACCUCAUCAACAGCAAGUACCUCAUAUACAUGCGGGCCAUCCCGAUCAUCAUAACCCCCAGCAAUUGCUCAACACAGCGAAUAUUGCUCAAGAGAAAGAACACAUUGCAGAGCAUUUCGAAGUGCCCAUGGACACAGCUAAAAUGACGGACCAGGAGUUACAGUUUCAUUAUUUCAAAAUGCACGAUGCCGACAACAACAACAAGCUCGAUGGCUGUGAAUUAAUUAAAUCCCUCAUUCAUUGGCAUGAACAAGGUAAUAAGGACCCAGCACACGGGGGUCACGAAGCGACAGCUGGUGACAAGAUAUUCACAGACGAAGAGUUAGUUGCACUCAUAGAUCCAAUCCUCAAAAUGGAUGACACGACUCACGAUGGCUACAUCGACUAUCCUGAGUUCAUCCAGGCGCAGCAGAAAGCAAGUGCCAACAGUCAACAGUAGGAAAAUUUCACCUUCAAUUGAGAAAAAAGAUCUACGAAAAUCCAAUCAAUCCAUUACGUUUUUGAGUCUCCUCUGUCUCAUAUUUCAACUCGUUAUAAACUAAUAUAAAUUAUUCACGAGGAAUGUUGGAUUACAAAUGAAUGAUGUAAAUUUUCAUGAAUUUUGUACAAAUUAUUUUGUUAAUAAAGGUGUAAAAGUUAUAUUCGUACCCACA